AUGGAGAAUGACGCUACAUCUGCUGCUGAGCAACGAGCCAAUGCCGUGGCAAAACUCAAGCGCGCUGCAUCACUACCGCGCAUGAAAGAUGGCAGGCGCCCACCGAUGCGUGUCGAAGCUGUCAGUGAUGGAGAGAAAUUUCAAGCGGAGGAGCUCCAGGGUGAAGUUGCCGAACCCCCGCAGCCAGAACUGCCUGUAUCAUCUGAAGCUAAGCCUGAGACAGUCUCCGAGCACGAACAAAAACCAGGUACGCCCGAGCCGUUGGCAACGGCUCGAAAACGCCGUUCAAGAUCUCGCUCUCGCUCUCGAGGCUCCAAGGACUUCAAGGGAAAAUUCAAACCUCAGUCCCCCACUCCUGCUUCGGUCACUCCCAGCAAUGACUCCUCACCAGAUGAUUCGUCUCCAUCACCCCCACCACCCCCGCCAUCCGUUCUCGCACCCAUACCUUCCCAUAUUACCGUUUCUCCUGCUUCAAGAUUAGUGGUGUCUCCAAACUUUUUACCUCCCGGAGCUCCGUUGCAUUCCGGCACCUCGUCCCCCGUUCCCAUGUGGCCCACUUUGGAUGCGAUACACAAAGGUCUCAUACGAUCGAAUAGUGUGGCUGCUCGUAUGCAAGCAUUGCAGAAACUUACUGGUAACAUCGAUCCCCAAGAUGGUACCGUCCUUUCGCCAUCUGCGUCCCCUCAGCCCAUAUUCGGCAAACUUGGGCGUAAUAACACGGUAUCGGGUGGCGAGCGCUCAGCUGCACGCCUCAAGUUAUUCACCACCCUCAAUGAGAGGAUCAAAGAGGCCGAUGUGGAAGGGACCAGUGGUGGGGAGGACCGCGAACGUGUGGUCCACACGCCUCCCAAACGUCGGAGACGCCGUUCAGCCCGGCAUUCGGCUGGAGCUGCCAAUCGAGCUCCAAUUACGGACGAGUCAUCCGGGGUACCAACGUCAACCAGUUCACCUGCUGUUCCUCCUGCGCCCCUCCCUUCCACUCUGUCAGAUGAAUCAACCAUCCAUGAGCCUGCACGCACUGCUUCUGAAACUCCAAUUCCCGCCCAAUCCCUCACAAUAAACCUGAAUGAUACUAUCGCAGGCAGUCGCGGGGCUACUCCAGUGCGCGCAGAUCCGCCUAGCCAAAGGAAACGAAGGAGUGUCUUAGUUGAACCAGAUGACGACGUAAUCCCUCCUCAUCAUACUUAUCCAGGACUACCAGUAACACCGAAGCAUCCCUCCCCAAGUGCUUCCCCUCAAAUCCCUCAUUCUUCGGACGAUCCAUCUUGCACAUCUUCUAGUUCUACACCUGGAGCUGUUGGUGUACCUGUGUACUUGUCGGUUACACAGAGGACUCCAUCGAGGCAAGACGCUUUCCCGUCGAGUCCCUUCGCCACCCCUCACACGGAGAUAUCUAUAUCCUCUCGUGACGAAGAGGAGGACGUAGAGUCGGAGAAUCCGGAGGAAGUCGUCUACCCGGCCGAGAACUUGCGCCGUUCGCCGUACCAUGACGCUUUUAACAGACAGAUCAGCUGGAUAGCUGAUCCAGUGCCCGAAUCAACCUUACCUGUCUAUGAUGAGGAUGAAGAUGACGACGAGGCGCAACAAAUGCACGAUGUAGUGCAGGAGGAGGAUGACCAACAGCCGCCGGAGUCUCCCCGUGAAGAAUCCGGUCCUCAGACAGAAGCAUCGUCUCCUCGUCAGUCCUCUGAUUCGAAAGAUCUUGUUGUGGAACAAGAACUAUUCCCCGAACCAGCAACUCUCUCUACGUCCCCUGCACCAUCACCAAUGGCAGUGACGCCUAAUACGACCUCUGUGUUGCGCAGCAGCGAUGAGUCGGACUCCUCGCAACCGGCAUACCCUCAGCGGCUCUCUGUUGCAUCUCGCAUACAGAGUGAUCGUUCCCCUUUGAACGCUGAAUUUGAUUUGGACAACCCCGUCAGUGCCCCACCAGAAACACCGCUAAAACGGGACGGUUCUAUUACCGGUGCGUGGGGAAGGUUCAUGGGCGCUCUCACGAGGAGCGCUUCCAGUGGCGGACGCAGAUCCAGGACCAACAGUCUUGCUGCUCGGGAGCAAAGACAGAAUACGGAUUCGGGUAUCAGCCGGGAGAGUGGAGGAAGCCUCGUCAGCCCUAAAGUGGAUAAGCACGAGAGUAUCGGAUCCGCGCAUCCCCCGAGUCAAUCUGUGAUGCAAUCCUCGUCCGCAUCGGCAUCGAUGCAAUCUUUAGCGCUGCAGACACCGCCGAGGAGUGGCGUAUCGCCGAUCCCGCCAGUUUCGUCUGCCGAUCUCGCGAAGUACAAUGAUGCCAAGUUAUUCCCUUUCCCUGGCAUGAAGAAACUCGAGGAACAGCGUCGCUACCGGGGCUUAUCGGUGUCUUCGUCUGCCCCGGAUUUUGUCCAAUCACUUCCUACCAUCGAGAAUGACAUUCCGGUGCCAUCGAGUUCCAACAACACUCCUUCCAAUUCUCCGGAUCUUAAACGAGAUCGCACUCUCUCGCAUCAGGCGUCUGACACACAUCUCUUGGCUAAGUUCAAGAACCUCAGCUCACCGCCACUGUCCACUUCUGCAUCUACGUCGUCGCGUGAUCACUUUGGUGGGCAAACCCCAACGACACCCCAAUCAGCAACGUCAGUUUCCAUCAAAUUACCUACCAACCGCGAAGGCGUUCGCAAAUGGCUCUCAAAAUUUGGGCAGUCAACGCCGUCGCUGGUCACGCCCUCUAUGAUAUCUACAUCCCAAGGGCGCCCUGCGUUCUCCAGGAAGCCGUCCUUAUCUGACCUCCUACGAUGGCGAAAAGAGAACGAUAUCACUUCAGACUGGGAAGAGAUCAGUUCUGAGAAGGCCCGUACCCCGACCAGCGCUGGCGGUGGAACUUUUCUCGGGAAACCUGUUAGCGGAGAAUUUUCUCCUGUCAGCACAAAUGGCAGCUUUAUCGAUGAAGACACUCAGAAGACCCCACGAGCGAGCAAAAUUGCGAAAUCCAAUGAUACUAUUUCAUCUUCUCCGGCACCUCUCCCACCUCCAUCGUUGCCCUCUCCUCUUACGUCUCCGCUACCUGAGUUAGUUUCAUCAGCUACUCCAGAACCUUGGUCUUCGCUGUCUGACUAUCCUCCGCCAACUACAUCCGAGUCCUCCUCGAAUACGUCAUCUCAAUAUUCUGACUAUCCGGCAAAAGGUGCCGUGGUUUUGGAGUGCCUAAACGAUAUGAUCAGCCGCGGGCCGAGAAGUUCUGCCUGGCCGACGACGGUUGAUGACCCUCCGCGGAAGCUCAUACUUGCUGCCCCCGUCUUGCAGGUUGUGAACGCGAAUACGGUCAAGGAUCGCUUUCUCAUGCUUUUCAGCGACCUCUUGAUUAUCACCAAGCCUGUAGUCCAGGAUCCCGAUGUCCUGCUCGAACUUACGAAGCCCAAUCCUUCCGACCGGAAGUUUAUUGUCAAAAAUGUUAUCCUGCUACGUAACUUGUGCUUCAGUGGAGAUCGGGAAGACCCGCAGUCCAAAUUCAUCCCUCGCAAUCCUUUUGUUGUGCCCUUCGUGGAGCAGUUUGGCGGGGAUCCAGACCGAGCAAUAGUGUCGCUCUUUAACAAGUGUGGACAGCGGGAAGACCCUGCAGCACUGGCACAACUGCUCUUCCGCACGCCAGAAAUUGACCGUGGCCAACUUGGUGAUUACUUGUCCAGGCGUUCAUCGCGUGUCGUCUUGAAGUAUUACUUGGAUGCUUUCGGGUUCACAAGCGUGAGAGUGGACAAGGCCCUGCGUAUAUUUUUGCAGACCAUCCACAUUCCCACCCAAGCCAGCUAUGGGACUACUGCCUUGGAUACUGUGCUAGACUCCUUUGCGAGUCGAUGGUACGAAGCAAACGCAUCACUUGUCGCCUACGACAAGGACCUUGCAUACCGUUUCACAAGGGCAAUUGUUCAGCUCAACGAAGUGUUGCAUGGUGCGAUAAUCUCAGAACCUGGGCCGACGGGUUAUGUUAGGAGAAACGUCACAGCACGGGACUUCUUGGAUGCCUUCCGCAGGCAAGAUCCUCGAAGCUUGCUGUCGGACGAUCUGAUAGGUGACGUUUAUGACUCAAUUCGGCGCGAGAGACUAUGCGUAGCACGCCACCCUUCCAAUUCCACUCCAGCCGAUAUUUCCAUCACAUUCAAACGUCCAUUGCCCCCACGACUGACCUACCGUGUUCAGUCUGAACCCGUCGUUGUUCGUAUCCCGCAGCCGGAUCCGAACUUUGCUAUCGAGCUAUUCGGGCAGGAUCUGAUCUUCGAGCCACCCAUUCUUACGUUCGCGAAGUCGCCAGAGGUUUCCUUCAGAAUCACUGGCACUUCGUUUGGCCUCAGGACUAUGACCAUGUUACGCUGUGGCCCAAAUGCAUUGUUGUACACCGGCCUUCCACCCAGCUUCUCUAUCUCUGUGGAGCGAGCUUUCAUGCGGAACACCUUCCAGGUCGCGUUUUUGAACCAUGCUAAUUCCAAACGCCGGUACAUGUUUAGUUUCGCCGAUCCAUUAGUUCGUCACGAGUGGGCUACGUCGCUUAAGAGACUGAUGGAGGCGGCAGUCAAUACCCGUCCUGCUACUGGGGUCAAGGGUUCAUUACCCUCGGCUCAGGCUCGAUUCAAUCAGGCCGUUGGCGAUAUUGCUUUCAAAGUUCUGCAAGAAACACUCAUUGGGCCUGAGGUCGUAAUUGUCCAGACUUCCGCCUCAAAAUUGAAGGACGCUCUCAAACACCUCGCCCCUCCAAAUCAUUCUCGUAAUGGCUCUCAAGUGGCUGCUGGCCACCAAGAUGCCGGUGGUCUAUCAUCGGAUCUUGUUCGGUCGAAAUCGCGCAGCAGGACGUAUUAUCGCCACGGAGCGGGGAAGCUCGAACUCGACAGUACCAAUUCGGCCCCAGUGCCACCUUCAAAUUGGGGGGAAGGAUAUGAGGAUGAAUCAACCAUGCAUUCAAGGCGAGGAGAUCGAAUAUGGUCAGGAAAGGAUUUGGAGGUGUUUUGCAGACAGAAUAGCUCUAUCGCCCAAGUAUUGGAACUGUUGCUUCCCACGACAGCUGAACCUGCGACUUAA